GUUAUGGUGAUGCAUCGGCCAACCUUUAAAUAUUAUUUAGCGGUGACCAGUGGUUUUAACCGAAAUCUCCGGUUUCUGUGGGGAAUGAGCUAGCUCCGCGGUAUGCAUUUUGAGAAACUAGGUAAGGCCGGGAGAGUUUACAGAGGGGUUUAUCCGCAGGUUUCGGUAUUGAAAAUGCAACUACACGGAAAUGGGUUCAAUGGCAAUUAUAUUGUGAGUGCAGUUUUAUCCCAAAUGAAGGGUAACUUACAAGCUUAUGCAAUGGAUGUUCUGUCCGGGUACUUUCAGUCCUUGCUUGGAGGAUCAUUCACAAUAUCCGUCAGACCUCCUGGUCUAAUUAGGAAAGGGGUAAUGUAACGGAAAUUUUUCAUUAUCAAACACUAGUUUUAUUUGCCAAAUGUUUCUAUCAAUUUGUGACAUGAUGCUAGCUCAACGAUUCUAUCAAUUUGUGACAUGAUGCUAGCUCAACGAUUCUAUCAAUUUGUGACAUGAUA